AAUAAAUUCUCUGUUUUAUCAGUUUUUAUUAUUUUCUCUUUCUCGUUUAUUCUUUUUGCUUUAUCAAAAAGUUAAAACCUUGCUUUGCUUUUUCACUUUUCCUGCUACUAGUAUUGCUACAGAAAAACAGUCUUUGAAUUUUAAACCCUCAGAUUUCCAGAAAUGGCCGACGAAAAUCCCCCCACCGCCGCUCCAGAAGCGGCGGCACUAGUCCAGAACUCUCCACCACGCUCCUCCACUUCAGAAGAAACCCUAGAACCACCACCACCACCAGUCUCUGUAACUGAGAACGAAACCCCACUUUCACUACCUCUCAUUUUAACAUCCAAAGAAACAUCUAUUUCACCACCGUCGUCGCCGCCGUCCUCCACCGCAGCUACAACCAACACCACGUUGGGCGAGGUAAUAGAACAACCCGAAAAAACUUCAUCACAUGACCACAAGAAAAUCCCCCAAUCCAUGGUUUCUUUCAAAGAAGAGAGCAACCGAAUCAGAGAUCUAUCAGGUUUGGAGAAGGUAUCACUCGAUGAGCUCAAACAGCUAGUUCAAGAAGCCAUUGCCAACAAAGAUUUCGCGUUUUCGUCUACAUCAGAAGACCCCACUUCAGAAAUCAAAUCAAAUCCGGACGAGAUCUCAAUUUGGGGGAUACCUCUUCUUAAAGACGAUCGAACCGAUGUAAUUUUGCUCAAGUUCUUGCGAGCUAGAGACUUUAAAGUGAAAGAUUCUUUCACGAUGCUCAAGAACACACUCCGUUGGAGAAAAGCAUUUAGCAUUGACGCUUUAGUUGAUGAAAACCUAGGAGACGAUCUCGAAAAGGUUGUGUUUAUGCAUGGAUAUGACACCGAAGGACACCCAGUUUGUUACAAUGUCUACGGCGAGUUUCAGAACAAGGAACUGUAUCAGAAAACCUUCUCCGAUGAAGAAAAGAGAACAAGGUUUCUGAAAUGGAGGAUUCAGUUUCUUGAGAGAAGCAUUAGAAAGCUGGAUUUUAGUCCCGGCGGCGUAAAUACUAUUUUUCAGGUCAGUGAUCUGAAGAACUCGCCGGGGCCGGGGAAGAGGGAGCUCCGGCUCGCCACCAAGCAAGCUUUACAGCUUCUACAGGACAAUUACCCUGAAUUUGUCGCAAAACAGGUGUUCAUCAAUGUUCCAUGGUGGUAUUUAGCUUUCUAUACAAUGAUGAGUCCAUUCAUGACUCAAAGAACCAAGAGCAAAUUUGUAUUUGCUAGUCCUUCAAGAACUUCCGAAACCCUUUUCAAAUAUGUGAGUCCAGAACACGUUCCAAUUCAAUACGGUGGACUAAGUGUAGAUUACUGCGAUUGCAAUCCCGAAUUCACCAUUGAUGAUCCAGCUGCUGUUGUUACUGUUAAGCCAUGCACCAAACAAACCGUUGAGAUUAUCGUAAACGAGAGAUGUAAUUUUGUUUGGGAGUUGCGGGUAGUUGGAUGGGAAGUGAGCUAUAGUGCUGAAUAUGUGCCUAAGAAUGAAAAUAAUUACACCAUAAUUAUACAAAAAGCAAGGAAGAUAAGUGCAAAUGAUGAACCUGUUAUAAGCCAUAGUUUUAAAAUCAAUGAGCUUGGAAAGAUUCUUCUCACCAUUGAUAACCCAACAUCAAAGAAGAAAAAUCUGCUUUAUAGGUUCAAGGUUGAUCCCCUUAAUGAAUGAAGAAGAUGAAGAUCUAUAGUUAUAUGGUGGGUUUUGGUUAUGUUAUAGCUAGAUUUGGAAAAUUGGAAUACUGGAUCUUUUAUUUUAUUUAUUUUUUUGUGUUUUUGUUGUGUUGUGUUGUUGACCUUUUUGGGUUCUUGGUGUAUUAUAACUUUACUUCCAUAUAAGGCUUCCUUUUGUGGGUCUUCUUGGUGGUUUGAUAUGAACUUGGUUUUUACUUUAAA